GCAAGCCUUUGUUGAAACUAAUCUUCAGGUGAACCUACAGAAAUGAAAAUUGACAUUCAUAGUCACAUUCUGCCUAAGGAGUGGCCUGAUCUAAAACAGGUAAUAGCUAGACGGGAUAUUUGGUACAAAAGCUCUAGGUACAAGUAUUGCUUCUGAUUGCUAUGAAUGUUUUCAGCUGAGCUUUAUCUCUCAUACUUCUGGGCUCUGAGAACUCCCUUCUGGGUAUAUUUUUUUAGGCUGAACUCUUAAAGAAGAAGAUGACUGAUCUUAAGCUCCAAAUGCUCCUGGCCCCCUAGCGUUUGCCAGAGGGCAUUUUGACUAUUCCAUUAAUUUGAAUCCAUUAAACAAAGAUGUUCUGAUAGUUGCUGGGUAAAGCAGACAGGGUUCUCUGUGUGUUGUUUUUUAAAAAAAUUCUGACAGGAAAAUGUCCCUUUUCUUUUUCACCUUUUAAUAAAAAUAUAAAGUUUUCAGCUGCAUUGCUGUGAAUCAAAACACAGUGGGUUUGGAUAGUGUUCAGUGAGGUUGUCUUCUCCCCCCCCUCCACUUGUUUCAAGCCACAUUUGCAGUGUUGCACUUUGGGAGAGGGGAUGGGGAUGUCUUCACACGCAUGGCCUUUUUGGUUUCCCCAACCCUGGAAAAACAACAACCCAGAAUUCUAAUUAACUAAGUUGCCAUCUGCACCUACAUGAUGGCUGUAUCACAAACACAGACCCUGCUUAAGUAUGAACUGAAUGCAGCUUAUGUUUUCUACUCAGAUUGAAGCUGGUUUGAGGGGGGGAAAUGCAUCAAAGAAGAGUUUCUCAAUAAACUACACGAUCGGUACUGUGGCCGAAGUUAUGUGUAUGCAGCUUGUAAAACUAGCAGUGGGAGCGCUCUGGAUGCAGAGUAAGCUGUAAUGUGAACAUACCCCUUAUUGGCAUCUUUCUUCAUCCACUGAAGGCAUCAUUGAGUUAUUGGUAUACGGUGCAAUCCUAAGCAUUUUUAUUCAGAAGUGCUACCAUUCAGUGGGACUUGUAAAGGUAAAGGGACCCCUGACCAUUAGGUCCAGUCGUGGCCGACUCUGGGGUUGCGGCGCUCAUCUCGCUUUAUUGGCCGAGGGAGCCGGCGUACAGCAUCCGGGUCAUGUGGCCAGCAUGGGACUCAUAGGCUCAGUGGGACUUACUCCCUAGCAAAUAUAUCUAGCAUUGCAGCCAAUGUAUUUAAAUGCAUAGAGCUAGUUAAUUUAUCAGAAUAAAUCAAAUAUUGUUAUAUUGGGUGAUAUCUAGUAUUAGUCCUACUUGAAGUAAACCCAUUGAUAUUACUGAAGUUAAAAGCUAAGCCCAUUAAUGUCAGUUGGUCUAAUCACAGUGUGACUUAGACUGGAUACCACUCAGCAUUAGAAAAAAACAAAAGUUUGAGAAUUUGUGCUACUUGCACUGGGUUAUUAAACAACCCAGUAGCAUACACGAUGCUGCAGGAAAUGACACUUACCUGGGAGGGAGUAAACCUCACUGAACUCAACAAGACAUACCUCUGAAUGUCUUAGAUGUAUAUAGCUGUAGUCCCCUAGAAAAUGCCCAGCCCACUAAGUUGGCUCAGAAGGAUACUAUGGUCAAUGGCAUUAAAAGCAGCUGAGCGAUCAAGGAAGAAUAAUAGAGAUGUACUCCCCCUGUUCCUCUUCCAAUCUAUCAGUCAAACUAUUUAUUUCAACCUAUAAUUUGACUGUUUCUGGGGUCUAUAUCUGGUCUUUAGUUAUUUUCAGCAAAACUGAGAAGUUCACAUUAAAACAAUACUUUGAUUGGGCACACUAUGAACUAAGAGUUGGGUAACUCUUUUUACUAACCUUAUCUUAAACUGGUGGUAAUCAGUGCAUAAGCACAUCACUUACAAAAAGAACUUGAUUCUGCAGAGGGGUGUUGCGGGGGAUAGUCCAUGCAAAGUACAGUUUGACAUCAAUGGAAAACAAAAAUUGCAGGUUUUGUGCUAGGUUAUUCAUGCAGAUGCAUUAAAGUUGCCUCUAUGUGAACUAGUUAUACUGGCUAUUUCAGAGUACUCUUUCAGUCUCUCAUAAUGAGAUAUUUCAAACCCAAGAAUCUUUGAAAUAAAAGAAAGCUGCCUUUCUUUCAUCUGCAAUCCCCAACCCCCAGAUAUUAGAAGAGUUUUAAACCUCUCUGGGAGAAUCAAUGGACAUUUCACUUGUGUAUUUGAAGCUUUUCUCUGCUCUUUAAAUAUUAAUAAAAGAAGGUGACCUUCACCCCGCUUCUGAAGCAUAGAGGCUGAAAGGGAGAAUCAAUAUAUGCCUACACUAAUGAUUAACUAAUUACAGCUCAGCAGAUUUUUAUUUUUUUUAUCACAAACCCAAGAUUUUACUCCUGGUUUCAUAAUAAAGGCUUAGCAUUAAAUGCACACAUACUUGGGAAUAAGCCCCACUGAACUCAGUGGAACACAAUUCCGAGUAUCCUGCAUUGUGCUGUAAAAGUCCAUUUUGGUGGAAUGGGAAGUAGAUAUUUUCUUAGAUCAUAACAAAAUUCAUCCUGGUGGUAGCCCAUCUCCAUUGCAGAUGUGGCACCACUAUGGACAUCAGAGGACAAGCAGCUGGACAGUACUGUCCUGGACCAUUCAACUACAGGACAGCUAACAUUCUGUGUGCUUUAAAAAUGGAACUGCCCCAAGAAGAAAGAAAUCAAGGGUGGUAUAGCGGUUAGAAUGUUGGGCUACUAGUAUUGAGAGACCAGGGUUCAAAUCUCCACUCAGCCAGGAAACACUCUGUAUGACCUUGGGCUAGUCACUGUCCUUCUGUCCAACCUACUUCACAGGAUUGUUGUGAAGAUAAAAUGAGGAUGGGGAGAACUAUGUAUGCCACCUUGAGGUUCUGGGAGGAAAAGUGCAGAUUUCCUGUCUUUUAUGCCACCAUGGGCUGCUUUUAUCCAGAAAUGAAAAGGCCCUCUGUCCUCUUGUGUCAGCUUCUAUAUCAAUAAAACAGGGUCAGUGGUUGUUGGUGUUUUUGACCCCAGCAUUGGAGCAAAGCAUUGCAGCUCUUGUGCUGGUCAUUACAGCACUCAUUGUGCUAGAACCUUAACAAAGUUCAAUUGCAGUAGGUUCCAUUAGAACACAGUCCUAACCAUGUGUCGUCAAAAGGAAGUACUACUGAAUCCAAUAGAAGUGGACUUUAGUCACAAGUAAAUGGGGUUAGGAUUGCAGCCCAAGUCACAAUUGCAAUGGGACCCAGGUGCAAUUAAAUUGCUGUGGGUAGAACCCAUAGAUUAUUGCUUUCAACAUGUUUUUUUGUUAAUUAUUUAUUCUGCUGGAAGCUACCUUAAGCAUUGGAAGACUAGUCCUAAGAGAUCCAGUCCAUCAGGUCUAGUCUAAUGUUCAGCUAGUUCAGCACUCUAUUUCUAAUAAGGGCUGGCUGCCUCCUGGACUACAUAAACAGAGCCUGAACACAACAGAUAUAAAUGUGCAACCACUCUAUUAUUGACUUAACAUUUGUUAAGUAGCCAUAUAUUUGAAACAGGGCUCCAUAGCUAAGAGAAAUUUUUGGAAACCCCCAAAAUAGCCCUACAUCCCUAUGGUCACGAUUUGGCUCUAGUCAGAAUAGUUCUUCACAUUAUAUCCUUAACUCCUGUUUCCAUGGCUAUGGAUUUAACCAUAUGUAUACUUCUCCUCCUAGAGAUAUGGCUAUGGUGGAUGGAUUCAGCUGGAGGAACAUUGUGAGGUAAGCUGUGUUUCUGACCUAUGUGACCCAUGAAUAAAAGAUUAUCAAGGAAUACAUAUUAAAAUUAUGGAAAAAUCUAUAUGAAUAAACCCUACUGAAUUAGUCCAAAGAUUCAUCAAAUUCAGCUUCAGAUUUUUCACAGUGGCCAGCCAUAUGCUUCCGGGAAGCCCACAAGCAACACAUGAAGGCAACAGCCCUCUACUGCUGAUGCCCCUUCCAGUUGAGGUAUUGAAAAAUGAUACUGAUUCAGAACUUAACUAAUAGACUGAUCCUCCAUUAUACUGACUACCCGCCCUUUAAAUCUAAACAAAUAUCCAUCACCACAUAUUGUGACAAUGAAUCCUAUUAAUUAAUUAGGUCCUGUAUGGAGGUGUACCUUCUUUUGGCUGUCCUUUUUCAAAUAUAAAUUUGAAAGCUCACUCUCAUACACAUAAGAACAUAAGAAGAGUCUGCUGAAUCAGGCAAUGACCCAUCUAGCCCUGCACCUCACAGUGGCCACCCAGAUGCCUGUGGGAAACCUUCAAGUAGGACCUGAACACAAAAGCACUUUUCAGUAAGUAGCCAUUAAUAGCCUAAUCCUCCAUGAAUUUGUCUAAUCCUCUUUUAAGGUCAUCCAAAUUGGUGGCCAUCACUGCCUCCCGUGGAAGCAAGUUCCAUAGUUUAACUAUGAAGAGGUACUUUAUUUUAUCUGUCCUGAAUCUUCCAACUCUAUAAUAUUAUUUUUGAGGUAAGGCAGUCAGAACAGGGCACAGUAUUCCAAAUGUGAUUACAACAUAGAUUUGUAUAAUGGGAUAUUGGUGGUUUCCAAGCAUGGAAUUUGCCUUUUUCACAGCUGUUGCACACUGGGUCAACAUCUUCAUCAAGCCAUCUACUAUGACAUCAAUGCCUCGGUCAUGGUCAGUGACCACCAGUUCACGAACACGUUAUCUUUCAAACUGUUUAUAUUGAGAAAUAUGUACAAAUACCGUACACAUUUACAAAACCAGGUGGUGUUAUGGACAUGAGCCAUGUGGCACUUAGCAAACUGAAUGGUGAAAAUUGCAAGAAUAUGUUUGUCUACUUAAUGUGCCUGAAAGACAGAAAAUAUACGUAUAUCUGGAGGGAAGGCACUUUGAGCAACUAACUCUCUCAUUCAUAACAUGUUACUGUGCCUUAUUUUAAUGGAAGUCAUGACAUGAGCAAUGACACCUUUCUGUACAUGCAAACCCUUUCCUAUACCUGAUUUGUUCCAUUCACAAAAUAUUUAAUGGAGGUCCAGGUCCUGAACUCAGUCCAACCCAUUUUAAAUGAAAUUAAUCUGGCCUCAAGCAAGCUCAUUAGCUUAUUUCUGCUUCCCAGGAGUAAGUAAUUACUUCAAGGCCAUUCCUACACUGCCUGUAAACUGAAGCCUGCGGAGAGAAAAUUCUGAUUAAAUAAUAUGUACAGAGAGGGGAAAUCCCACAGCUCUUAGCUAAAAAGCAAAGGACUAAGGAGCAGUUAAAAACUCACAUGGUUUUUAAAUAACCCAUGGUUAUUUAGAGCUAUUAUAUAGAGAAAAAGUGAAAUUAUGCCCUUUUCAGUUUGCCCCAAAAGUAACUGCGGAAAAAAUAAGAACCAUUGUAUAGAUCUGAACAAAUACAAUAUCCCAAACUCUGGAAACCUUUUAAGAAUUUUGCUUUCUUCACUUUUGCCCUCUGAAUCUUUGUCUGAAUCAUUUUCUUCAUGUCUCCAUAACAACCACUGCCUAAAGCUCAUUCCCUCUGAAAAGCAACUUUUAACAAGCUCAAGGAUCACAUCUCAAAUUUGCCAUCACCUCAGUAGAAUGAAAAAUUAUUGUACAUGUCCUAAAAGCUGGCCUAUAUUUCUGCCUCUCUGGAAAUCAGAUACAGCUGUCUCAUAAUAAUUUUGUAAGGUUAAACACCUGAAACAGCAGCUUUAAAAAAUGUUAUUUUUUAUCAUUUAUACCUAAGAUGCAGUGACAGCAAUUUAGUGAUCUCCAUAACAAUCAAGUGUUAAAAGAAUGUACUGGAUAAAGAACGUACUGCUAAUUAAAAAUACCUUGUCUGUUAAUCAUAAUAUUCAGCAUUCAUGAGGUAGAUGCUGGAGAGUGAAGGUACAGUGUUAGAAGAUGGCUGCUCCACCAUGGAGGCUACAUUUGCCCCACCCACCCCAUAGUCAGAGAAAGGCUCUGGGGCCCACUCCUUGCAUGAAGGUAGUGGUGCAAGGAGUCACACCACUGCAGUGGCCAAUGGGGUGAGGGUAGUGGCUGCCUUUAUAGGGGAAGCACCACCCUCAGAUGGCUUUGACAGCAACUCACCCUCCAACCCUGUAAGAUAAAGGCAUGUGGAGUUGUUGUUGUCCGUCCCGUCCCCCACAUUCCUGUGCAAUUUCUAUGCCUGUUAGUGUUUAUGGUGGUGGACACUUUGCUGCAGAUGUUUUACAGUCAUUAUUUUACACCAAACACAUGUCUCAUCAUGAGUCUUCACUUCAGGGAUAUGAGGGCAAAGAGCUCUCACAACUGGUUUUGUGCACCCUAAACCAGUGUUUUUCAACCUUUUUUGGGCAAAGGCACACUUGUUUCAUGAAAAAAAUCACGAGGCACACCACCAUUAGAAAAUGUUAAAAAAAUUAACUCUGUGCCUAUAUUGACUAUAUAUAAAGUAAUUCUCUUGAAUAGGAAUCACAUAAACACAAAGAAAGUAUUUUAUAAUUACUUUAUUAUGAAAUAGUAAGUAAACAGAAAUAUGAAAAAUUAUAAAAUACUUUAUUCAGUGCGCAACCUGGGCCUGUUUGGCUGAACACAAAGCUGAUAUUAUGGCUGGAAUCGAAGAAAGACACACACGUAGCUCUUCGUCAACAGCUCUCAGUCUCUCUCUGUAUUUAGUUUUUAUAGCAAUCAUGCUUGAAAAGCUCAUCUCACACAGAUAUGUAGUGGAAAAUGGGAGCAAUGUCAAAAUAGCUUUGUUUGCCAGAAGGGGGAACUCCUUGGCAGUAUCCAACCAAAAACUGUCCAGAGGUAGAUCAGCAAAUCUUAGCUUGAAACCACGAUUUUGUCUCAGUUCAGUUAGUUCCUCCUGCUCCUGUAAAGUCAUGUCCUUUCCACCAACUGAUGCUGAGCUAUAAGGAUCCCUAACCCAGUCAAGGCAUUCAGUGGAGACUGAAGAGAAAUAAAAUGACAACUUCUCCGGUCCUCCUGGUGACUCGAGUCGCGACGUCUUCUUCUCUCCGCUUCUGCGCACACUGUGCUCGGGCGGGAAGGAAGUCGGAAGAUGAUGUCCUACUGUGAUAGGUCCAGGCUGGAGUCUGGACCAAUCACAGCCCGGACAUCAGAAAAGUGGAGGGUGUCCCCCUGAGGAGUGCCAAUCGGCGCCCCUGCUGGCCGAGGGUGGGGUCAAAAACCCCACCCCCCAUACCCAGGACACAGUCCGGCACCCGCCUAGUGGGCGAAAAUUCGAUUUUUUUUUUUAAAAUCUUUUGAAUUUUUCAAUUUUUCCCACGGCACACCAGGCAACAUCUCGCGGCACACUAGCGUGCCACGGAACAGUGGUUGUAAAACACUGCCCUAAACAAGCAUACUGCUUUGGUACAGUGGAGGAUGCUGUCCGCUCACCAGUGCUGAAGUGAUCAGCCACCGGUCUGCUUGACUUCUGUACAUGGAAGAGAAGGCACCAACUUGCCCUAUUUCUCAGGCAACUGGCUCCUGUCACUUCAGAAGGUGAGGCAGCUUAGAGCAGGGCUUCCAAGACACUCAAUCCUUGGGAAGGUUUAUAUUUUAGGUUUUCCAUUUGAUAUAUUACAGAGUUACUUUUUUUGGUUAAAGGUAAUUUGAGUUACUAGCUUUAUUUAUUUUUUUGGCUUGGUAAAGCCACCAUAGGGUGCCUUGACCACAUCAUUUUUCAUUCAGUAAUUAUUUCAUUGGAAUGCACUGCUAUGUGGUGAGAGCUCAGGCUUACCACAUCAAGGGAAGCUUGUUUUCCCUUAGGUAGCAAAUACCAUCUCCCAUUACACAACAUUAAAAUGAAAAAAGAAAAACACACUUUGCUUCAGUUUUACUAUAUCAUAUAUUAUUUCCUCAAAACAUUUUAUGCAAAAAAAACCCAACAGGCAUAUAUUGAGGUUCAGUUUCAUCAUCAUCAUCAUCUGACUAAAAUGGUAUUUUCUUGUUUUUUGCUAGAAUUUAUGGAAGUCAAUAUCAAUAGAUGUUGGGAAACACUGUAAUAUAACCCACUGUUUAUGUUAUAAAACAAAGAUUUAGCAUCAAGAAAGGAAGCCUUAGAUUAACUUUAUGAAGAACUCAGUGUGGCAGUCGUAGCUUGCAGUGGAAAACUAAUUUUCUCUGGAUCCAUGUGUGUCGAAUAAUUAACUGCAAAGCCUCUGAGAAUCAGCUCCAAAUUAAUUUUAACUACAGAUCCAGCAAAUAAAUGCAUGUAUUAAAUAUAUCUGGGUCAUGUGUGUUCAUGCUGAUGAUAGAAUGACUAUGUGAUUUAAGCCCACACCUUUUAAUGAGGAAAGAGCUACCUCCGUCCAUCUAAUUGAACUAAGCAGAUUUGUUUUCGUUCUGCAUCGGGCUUGCUAUAGUCUGCACAUCACUAAUGCAGAUGGAGUGGGGGAGCCACUGUUUUUAAUUAGGACAUUGCUCAUUGGAGAUUCCAUCUCAUAGCAUAACCCUUCAGGCCAUUGGAAAGGCUAUUAUUUCUCUUGCUACAGUCGGCAUUUAUUUAUGAGGGUUUAAAGGAGAACCCCUAGAGAAAUUAUAGUCUUUUUAGUAUUGUUUCAGUACUGCAAUGAUUCCAUAUAACAAUCUGCCAGCCAAAGAACAGCACAACUUACUGUGCAUACCAAAAAAAUAUUCCCACUGAUCAUAACAAAAUGAAUCCCUAUCAUCUAUUUUUAUACAACAAGAUGCUUGAUUCCACCAGGUCAUUUCCAUCUUCUCUAAACCGUUUGGUGUCUGUUAUGUAAAAGUCAACAGAGGACUCAUAUAUCCAUACUCUGUAGGAAUAUAUGCUUAAGUUCUUCCCUCCUGGCACUUUGGAAAAUAAAUUCUUGAACUAUAUUUGCCAGAGGAAUCAGAUGGCGGCACUGUAAUUAUAGCUUGUGAUAUUUGGAGCAAUUUUCUUGAAUUGUGACGCAGCUGCCAAGUCAUUCCAGGAGCCUGCCAAAAUAUAGUCACAAUGAAAUUUGGGGGGUGGGGGUAGAAUUGAGGUUUUAAAAUAUUUAUCAGUUGUUAUGAAUGAUGUAUGAGGCUAGUAACAUAUUCAAGGUUUAAAAUGUCCUUGGUCUCAUGGCUUUAUUAAGAACUUGCAAGAAACCCACUGGGUCAAAACACAAAGUUGUGAAGGUGCAGAUUACUUUUUAGGCAGGCAGAAUUGCUGUACUGUAUUGCUUUCAACACCCGCUAAAACUUCUUUGUUUAAGGAAGCCUAACCGGACGUGAAUUUGUAACGUGUAAUACAUAAUGUGUAAUUAUAAUACAGAUAUUUGGUUUGAAACUGCUGUUUUUAUUUACAUUUUGAUAAAAAAAUGUGUCAACUUGCUUUUAACAUUUGAUUUUAUCUUUAUUUUUAAUGGAGUAUUUUAUAUUUUUUAUGUAAACCUCUUAGAUGUUUUUGUUGAUUAAGAGCUAUGAAGUUUUUUAAAAUAAAUAAAUAUAUUUAGUCCAAGAAUAGCUGAAGUAGUAUCGUCCAUAUGUUAUGAACUACUAUUUACAGACACAUGGCUUUGCUAUAUCUUUUCUUAAAGAUUUUUUACAUUAUAAACCGUUUUAAAAUGUGUUUUAAUAGUGUGUGUUUUUUUAAACAAAUGAAGAGUCUAGGCUCCUUUGGGAAGGAGAGCAGGAUAUAAAAUUAAUAAAUAAAAAACUUCUAUCAGCCUCAACUUCAAGUGAUGGGAGCUGUAGUCCAGCAACAUCUGUAGGGUGUCAAAUUGGCUACCCUGCAUUUAGCUCACCCUUAUGAUCCAUCACAAUCAUGGAAAUUAAAUACAGCAUGGAUUCCUGCCAUAUGGCCCCAAUUUUCUAGCAUUACCUAUGUGUCACAGUAAACUGCUGUUAUGUUAAAAAGAUCAGGUCAGCAAAAGGCAUUGGGUACUAGAUUAAUAAAUAACAGACAGGAAAUACAUGAAAAUAUUCCUUUAAAAGGAAAUAUAAUAACAUUUACCUUAAUAACUGUUCCCCAUUUUUUACAGAGGGAAGCCAAAAUGAUGAAAGAUGGGAAACUUUUCAGAGUUAUCCAAGAGAAUUGUUGGGAUCCAGAGGUUCGGAUUAAACAGAUGAACCAAUCAGGUACUAUCAGUAUGGAUGUGUACUAUGCAGACGUCCAGUAUGGCAACAGUAGCUCUUAAAAGAUGCUUUUGCAAAGCAUUAACAAUUGAUUUUCAGAAUAUAUAUUGCAUUUUUGUUGAGUAAGAAGAGCUAAAGCAGACUGCAAAAUAUAUUACUACAGAAAUGCACCGAUAAAUUUCCAUCUACAUUCAAACCUGGAAGCACCAAAGUAACAGUUCAAGUGUUCCUCUUGAAGAGCCAUUCACUUGUAGUGGGUUAUUUUUCAAAAAUAUUCAUUAAUUGCCUCCCUCCAGGAAAACAGGUUCAAGUUUAUUUCUAAAGUAGUUGAUUGCUAUGUAGUGAAGAAAACAAUCCCAAAUCUGUCCCCCCCCCCCCAGUAGUCCUCAUUGCUCAUAAACAAACUACUCUGGAAUAGUUUGCUUAUUUUUUUUAAAAAAAAAUAUGUAAUGGCAUUUAUAAAACAACUUUUACUAAUUUUGUUCUAUAGGAGUCACUGUCCAGGCCCUUUCUACAGUUCCUGUCAUGUUUAGUUACUGGGUAAGUCAAGUCAAGGAAAAGAACUACAGCAUUUUUGUAUCAUAAAAAUCAAGCAACCAUGAACUCCACAUGCAAAAAGGAAGGCAGAAAUCCUUCUGAUUAAUCAGAUACUUUGCAGUGACAGAAGGCUCAGGAGACUAAAGAAUGUCAACAGAUGUCAUUGUACAGAUGAGGUCUGAUGGAUUAUAAAUAAUUGUGUAUAAAGCUGAAUAUAUUUGUCUUAUUUCUCAGAUAUAUUGAUAAUGGAUGGAAGCUAAUUAUUAAUAACAUAUCUGAAUAUUGCUCGUUAUAACAAAAUUAGUUGCUUUACUCUAAUACUAAAGCUUAACUUUAAUUUUAAAAUUGGCUUCUCCCAACCUACAUGAUUGUGAAUAAAUUCUUAGGAGCCAGAUGGGCAAUGUGUCCAGUGAGGGCUCAGAAACCAGAACUAGUCUGGAUGACUAGUUCUAGGUGAUAGAAUGGAAUUUAGCAUUUGCCAUUCAGGUUCCAUUUUUGUUCUACUUGUGCAUCAGAGGCAUCAAAGAGCAACACUAACAAUGCAGGCAUCUGCUCCAGUUAUGGUGGUGGCUAAAGAGCUUUUGUAUUUGGCGCUACAUCUAGUGGAAAAUCACAUCCAGAGUUUCAACCCAUGACCUCCUGCACUGAAAAGGGGUGGGGCCCAUCAAAUAUAUAUAUUGCUACCCCAGCAGGACUUUAACUAAUUAGCAGUAUCUGUGUGUAUAAGGAGUUGAAUUCCUGUCUGUAGGGAAGGAUCUCAUUUUCUGGAUGAUUGCUGUGUGUUACACAACAGUAGCAGUUGCAAAGAAUUUUGUAGUAUCUGUGUGUUUUCCAGGUUGUACUUUGUGUGUAUGGUGCAUUAGGUUGUUUUCAUGGAUUGGUGCCUCAGCAAAGGAAAAGUAGACCACCUCUAGUGUUUGUGCUCCUUUUUUCUUCUUAAUUGUCCUGCUAAGAGACCAUAGGUUCCUAGCUAAGCUAUCCUAUUUAGUUGUUCUGUGAAGCAAAGGGACUUAAAUUCUAGAGUUCUGCAUAUGCACUGUUCUUUGAGACUCCACCUAAAGGUUAUUUACACAACCAACUUUUGUUUCUCUCCCGAUUUGAAAACCACAUGUUAAUUCUUUCUUCCUUUAAUGAUUCUUACCAGGCCAAACCAAAGGAUACUCUAGACCUGUGCCAAUUUUUAAAUAAUGACUUAGCCACUACUGUGAAGAAGUUCCCAAAGAGGUUUAUUGGCCUUGGCACCCUCCCCAUGCAAGCUCCAGACUUGGCUGUGAAGGAAUUGCAUCGUUGUGUGAAAGAGCUUGGAUUUCCCGGUGUGCAGAUAGGAUCUCAUAUCAACAACUGGAACCUGAAUGCCCCAGAACUCUUUCCAGUCUAUGCUGUGAGUAGACAUUCCCUUGUUUCUAAUAAUAGUAGUAGUAGUAAAAUUUAUUAUUUAAACCCCAUCCAUCCGGCUGGGUUUCCCCAGCCACCCUGGGCAGCUACCAGCAGAUUAAAAACAGAAUAAAACAUCAAACAUAAAAAACUUCCCUAAAGGAGAUGUGGAAGUCUACAUGAGCUGUAAACUACAGAUAGCAUCUUAUCUUUCACUGAGGAAGAAGGGAAGCAUGUAGGAAUGGGAUCUUAAAUGGAGAUAGUAGUAGUGUCUCACGUAUGUUGAAGCUUAGAGUGACUGGAGUUCUAAAAAUAAUAACCAACACAGUGCUGUGAAUUGAACCUGGAAGACAACAGGGACCCAGUGCAGAUGCUGGUGGAUCUUGUAGAUGUAUAUGUAGAUGCUAUGAACUUGGUAGUUCCUGUACAUGUAAAUGCUGUGUACCCUGACAUACCAACUUAAUCAGGAGACCAGGUAUGGAAGUCCAUGCCAUGAUUCUGAAUCAUGAACAAGGGUUACUCCCAUAUAAAAUUCUUAAUGCUACUAAUAAUAACAAUGAAUCAUUCAUUUUGCACUUAAAAUAAUUGAAGUGCUUCACACAGAAUUUUAAAAAGGGCCUGCACCUACCUAAAGGGUCACAAUAUAAAUGAAGACAAGAUGGAAAUUAAUAAGAAAAGGAGGGGGAUAGUACAUGUAUGUACAUCUAAAUGCUGCAAAUGGACCCAGGCACUGGCUGAUGGAGAUUCCAGCCCAUUGGAGAAGCCCAUUAACUGACUUAUAGAUCCUCCUAAGACUAGCAAUUAUUUGUUAUAUUUUUAUCACAACCUUCCUCCAAGGAGCUCAGGAAACAGUAUAUCUCUUUCUACCCCACCCCAGCACCAUUUCAUAUCUUCACAACAACCCGGUGAGGUAGGUUGGGCUGAAACAUGACUGUGCUUUCUGUCCUCAGUCCACAGAAGCAUGAGUGAGGAAUUUAAAGUGAGCAGCUGAGACUGAAUUCUUUAGUUGAGAUUCCUGCAUUGCAGAGGGUUUGACUUGAUGACCAUAGGAUCCCUUCUAUUUCUACAAUUAUAAGAUUCUAUGAUUAUUGCUCUUAGAUGUCUUACUCUUGUGUUAUAAAAAUACCAGACUCUUACGUUUAAACAUUGGCAAUUGUAUUACUUGAAAUGUCAUAAUUUUUGGUUGACUUUUUAAUAAACUCUUCCCUACUGCCUCUGAUUUUAAGGCUGCUGAACAAUUAAACUGCUGCCUCUUUGUGCAUCCCUGGGACAUGCAGACAGAUGGAAGGAUGUCUAAAUACUGGCUUCCCUGGCUCGUAGGUCAGUAGCACUUACAAUUCUUAAAAGACAUUCAUUCAUUUUGUUUGUGAGUAACAGCAAUGAGCCAAUUUGGCAUAGUAGUCAGGGUGUCAGACCCAAGUUCAAAUUCUCACUCAACCUGAAACUCCCUGCGUGACAUUUGGCUAUUCGCCAUCUCCCAGCCCAACCUAUCUCACAGGGGGUUUUUAUAGGGAUAAAAUGGAGAUGGGGAAAAGUGGGCUAUAAAUGAAACAAUGCAGGAGACACAGCUGAAAAUGUACAAGGAAGAUUUGCACAACUUUUCUUACAGUUCCUUAAAUCUAUUCACAUCCAUGAAGUUUGCAUCGAGGGGCUUUAAUCAGGAUGCCGUUGAUUGUUCUAAGUUCCCUAAUACAGCAGUCCUCUUAAAAUGGCUUUAACUAUCACCCUGAGAAGUACUGAAAGGGGGAUAUAUAAAUUUCCACAUAUGUAAUGCCUUGCUGCCACAUGCCUCUGGGUGGUGGCAAAUUGUGGCAAUUUACACCCCCACACCCACCAUUAUGAGAUAACUAAGCAUAGAUUGUGCAUUAUCCUUGAAUAAGUAUGUUACCACCUUGGAUGCUACUUGGAAGCAUGAAAUGAAGGUGCAUAAAUCGCUUUUGCUUUCCUUUUUUCCCAUCGGAAGUCACAAAAGACAUUGCAGAUAGGAAUAAGAUGCUUGUAAUUAACACAUGAUAGAAAUUUGCUAGCUUUGUCAGAUCUCAAGAUUCAAUCUCAAUAGCAGUGUGAUCUCAAACUCCGCCCCCCCCCUUUACUCCACAUGGGUCUUCAACAUUUUUUUCUACUUAAGCCCACAUGGGACCAAAUGUCUCCUGCCACAUCUUAGGAUACUCCUAAUGUUCUGAAUGUCUUUACAGAAGCAGAAGCAUAUCUGCCUUCUCUGCCAUAGCUCUUUGUUUAUACUACAUUGUUCAUUCUCCCUCAAAUGAAAAUGAAAUUUAUUUUCAAGAAUAAAAGUAGCGAUGAGAAGAUCAGCUAUUUUUAAACUGAAUUGUCAUCUCUCUUUCUUCCUUCCAUGGGGAUUAUUUGCAACCAGCCAGUCACUGAUAUGAUAAUCUGUACUUCCUGUGAGUGAAGGUAGUCAAUACAGGGCUUGAUUCCAACUUCCAGGGCCAGUGAUUUGCUGGAAAAAGAAUAUCACAGGCAGAAAAUGAAGGGAGGUGGAAAGGGGAAUGAGUGAGAGUUGAGAGAGCAGUUGCUGAGCCACCUGUGGCCUGGCCUGCCUGCUCGAUUGCUUGAGAAAUUUUUAAAAAGCAUAUUGUCCAUUCACUCUUCCUUAUGGGCAACCUUAUUCCCAUUAAUUGGAAGAGAGAGACACAUAUAUGGCACAUUAGGGAAAAUUCAGGGGAGGAAAGAUCCUUGGUUGUAACCACUGAAGAUGGAAGCAGAGGACUAUAACCCCAGGUACCAAGGUUCCCUAAAGGUGCUGGUAAAACUUCUCUCAAGCCAGUUGGGAAUUCUUUCCACUUUUUAUAAAUGAAAAAAGAUCUGUAGUGUUACACUUGAGGAUAUGGCAAUGUGUAUGUAAACAGGCUAAGUGCUGUACUUGUAACAAAACCUUAUCAGGAAAAUGUUGCUACCUUUUAACUUGCUUGCUUAUAACUGGCACUGAGAAGUGCACCAUAGCUGCACCUAUUAAUUUGUUUUUAUUUUAAGUACCUAGCGGUGAAAUAUCAGCAUUGCACAGUAUUACAACAUCAACCGAAGUUGAGAGAGGUGUAUAGGCAAGGGGAGGGGAGGAAGUCAAUGAAGCAUGCAGAUUUCUGUUCCCCACCACAAAUAUAGAUUUUUUUUUAAAUUGAAUUUAUAUACCACCCUUCACCUGAGGAUCACAGAGUGGUUUACAGUAUAAAAACAGAAAAAUACAUACAUAUGUUGUGUAAACUCAUCAUAUGCAUUCAUACAACAAUGUACAGUAUUAUCUAAUUAUCUCAAGGGGCAACAAAGCACCAUUCUUCUGUAUAGUAGCAACUCUACAUGGUCACCACAAUGAAUUAGAACGGCUCACACCCAUAUGGAGCAGGCAAGCCUUCCCCAACCUAGUGCCCUCCAGAUAUUUUGAACUACAACUCCCAUCAUCUCUAUGCUGAGUGGGGCUCAUGGGAGUUGGGAAUCAAAUAUCUGAAGAAGAGAAAGGAAAGAAUGGAGUAGACUUUCAUACGGGAAGGUUCCACAUCUGUCACACUGCACAUUCUUGGAAGUGACUUGCUCUGGUGCAGAGAGACUCCAUGCAAUGUGGGUUCAUUAUCAAUGUGAUAGGGUGCCCUAUCAAAUUACAGCUGUCGUGUUGUUUCCAACUAAGUUUUAGUCAGAGUAGACUCACUGGGUGGGAUUCAACUAACGAGGCCCAUCAGCAUAAGCCCUUUGUAAGGACUUCCACUUGCACAAUUGGGUUCCUCCCUUUUCGUCCCCAGUGUCCCCUGAAAUUGGCAAGGGGUGUGUGUUGGAGAACACCUAGAACAGCAGGUGAGGAGAGGAGAGGGGGAUCGCUCCAUCUGGCAAACCAAAUGCUGAUUGAACAAUAAGAAGAGCAUGGUGUUGAAUUCCUCCUUUGAACUUAAAUUAGUCACGCCCAUCAAUUUCAAUAGAUCUACUUUGAGUGUGACUAACAUACUUAGACAAGUAUUCCCCCGAACUGUAACUUUCUGAUCUAAUUGUUUUAAUUGCCCUUUUAACUUUUUUAAUUGUUGUGCUUUUAGCAGGCUUUUUAUUGUGUAUUUAACUACAGUAUGUGUGACAAUUUUAUAAUGGAUGUAAUACUUAUCAAUCACUUGAUAAGGCAUGUAAGCUGUAUAUAAAUUAAAAGAAACAACAAUAAUAAUGUAGGGGUGUCUUGUGGCCCCUAAUCUGUGUUUCUGAUUCACAUCUCUCAGGAACAUCUAUGUGACAUGACACCAUCACACUCAUUUUCCUGGCAAUUAGCUGCUAAUAAAGUGGAAAGGGAGCAAGGAAACUCUUUGUGUGAUCAUGUUAUAGCAUAUGUCAUCUUUUCUUAGGUGUUACUGGUAAAAUAUGAAUCAGGGACCUGGUAAAGUAAAGUUGGAGUAUCAGUUCUUCAAUUAUACACAGUGAAUUUCACAAUAAUUGUGAUAAUUUUUUUUUACAAAACUAUUAUGCAUAGAAGUACUGUAGAAAUAAUUAAUAACUCUUUCUUGCUUUUAGGAAUGCCCUCGGAAACAACCAUCGCUAUUUGCUCCAUGAUUAUGGGAGGGGUAUUUGAAUUGUUUCCCAAACUAAGAGUUUGCUUUGCCCAUGGAGGUAAGUAUCUGAGAGCAGGAAGGCUGGAGGACACACAGAAAUCAUCAGUAUACAACUCUUUGCGCCAACACACACUAGUGAUGGGGUGGUAAUUCAACACUAGCCCUACUCAAAGUCAGCCCAUUUAAGCUAUUGGGCAUUACACGCUUAGGUUAAUUCAGCUGGGGAUGUCUAAGGCAUGGUAGAGGCAAGGGCAGCACUCCAGGUAUAGAGCCAGAUUAGACCUUUCAAGGUCAAUAUCAGGAAAUAGCUGUUAGGAAUGCGGAUGGGGAGGCAGGGAUCACUGCAUGUGCAUUUCAUAUGCAGAAAGUCCCAGAUUCAAUCCCCAACUUGAAUAUAUCAACAAUGUCUAUAUCAUUUCACAGUGUUUAAUGGUACUCCUAGAUAUAUUCAUUCAGGCAAAGUAAUUUACAACACAUCUUUCUUUUUAGGUGGCUCUUUCCCUUAUACAGUGGGGCGCAUUUCCCAUGGAUUCAAUGUGCGGCCUGACUUGUGUGCAGUAGAUAAUAACAUUGAUCCAAAAAAAUACCUUGGUUCAUUCUACACAGAUUCACUUGUUCAUGAUGAAUGUGCACUGAAGAUGCUAACAGAUGUAAUAGGAAAGGUGAGUGAGAUGGUAUUUAGCCAAAGACUGCAAGUAAGCUCUCUCUCCUGACUCUUUCGCACUCCUAUUGGUGCAAAUGGGAAUUUCCUUCCUAAUGCAAAUGACGGGGGGGGCGGGGGAGGCAAAGGAUUAAAGCCUCUCUUUCUCCAUCAUACAUCAGAUGAGAAGACAAAUACUUGCCAUGACAUGGAAGCAAAGGGAUGGGGCCACCUUUCCUAGGUGCUAAACAUUCCUUCUCUCUUGCCUUCCUUUCUCCUGGGUGGUAAAUGGAAAGGAAGAGGCAGAAGCCAAGGCAUGCCUCUACCCUUUGGCACACCCUUAGAUUGACUCUUCCUUUGCCCAGGAAAUAGGAGAAGCAGCAAAAAGACUGGUGAGACAGGGGUUACCCAGGAAGAGAAUAAAAAUUUAUCUUCUUGGUAUACUUGAAAUGAUUACGUAUUGCCCAUCUUCCUCCAGGGACAGUAAUAAAUAUCUGAGAAGGGUCAAAUUGAGACACACAAAUAAUGAAGGAAGUACAGUCACCCUCUCUCUAACAUGCCCCAGUCUUUUAACUACUCCGCUUUCCAGGUUGGAAGGUGGAUUAGAAGGAAGAUUCAGCAUUAGGACAUGCUAGAGAGAAAAUGGUGGCAUUUUGCUGGUGCUUUUCAAGGUUGCCCUUCCUAUUCUCCUCCCUAAUUCAGAGAUCACAAAGAUGAGAAGUGAUACUUGAACAUGCCAGCAGUCCACUUGAUCUAGAUCCUGGCCUUUUGACCUGUUCUGUCCUUAUUCACCAAUAAAAACCUAGUUGUUGAUACUUAAUAAAUGCAUUUGAUUGAUCCAGUUCCUCCUUUUUUACUUGCUGAGUAUUUUACCAGCAAACAAUGCUAAAAAUAAAACACAUCAACAAUGAUAUUAACAAAAGCUGAUACAACAUGGAUUAAGCUAGCUCUUUAACUGUGGCUAAUUAUUGCUUAAGCGCUAGGCUUUUUGGAGAUUUGACACUGUCUGACUUUUAUACAGUCAGGUAGGAGAUGCUGAGGCACCACUAAUCACACUCCAAUAAAUUGUAUCUGAAUUGUUUUAAUUUUGAAGGUUAUUUUAAUAUUCAAGAGCUUUGUGAGUCUUUUCCCCAGUGGAAUCAAUGCAACUUUCAGAAAAUCUCCAGACACCAUGGACUGUCUUGUAAAAUUUUCCACAUUUACUUCUAUCUCUCAGUGAUGAAUUUAUACAGCUAACUGGAAUGAAUGUUGAAGAUACCUUCAACAUUCAGUAUCUGAGCACACAAUCAAAACUUAUGCAGGCCACUGCAAAGAAAGACAUCAUCAGCUGUCCUGAGCAUACCCAGCCCAAGGAGGACAAAUGGCUGGGAGUUUAAUUCUUUACUGACAAAUCAUGAACUUCUAGUAGCUCCACAGGUGCACCAAAUAUGCAUACACACACUUCUGGUGGCUAAGCAGCUAGAGCCCCUCCCUGAGCUUAUGCUCCAGAGUGGACUGAUGGAGUAGUGGGGGGUCAGCCCUCAACCCCAAACUUAAGUACCCUCCUCCAACAGCACAAGGGCAAACAACCUGUGACUCCUUCAACACAGGAGUUGUCACUGUGCCUGUCUCCUCACGCCCCUCCUGGUCCUGGGAGACAGCAGGGGAGGGGACCGAGGGGAUUCUGAAAGCUCCCUCCCUUCAAGCACCAUUUCUCCCUCAGCUUCUGGUACAUUCUGUCCUUCCUCCCUUGCUCCUGUCUCAGGGGAGGCACAAAACUCAUAUAUCACUACCCAUUUCCUUUGGCCCCGCCAUCUCUUUCACCCAUGCAUGUAUCUGCAACCCUCCUGCCAACCCAGCAGUUCGAAAGCCUGCCAGUGCAAGUAGAUAAAUAGGUACCUAUGCAACCGUAGGGUGGUGUUCAGGAAGGCCACAUUGACCUAUCAGGUCAAGCAGAGGGCCUGGUAAGAUAUGGCAGGGCAGCACCAUUAUGUAUAAAGCAGGGCCAAGUGAAGGUAAUGUUUUACAUCAAAAAUAGUGCACAGCUAAGGGGAAAUGAAUUCCCUCCAGCCAGUUUGUGCAGACACCCAUGUCACAUUUAUCCAGGUAUGGGGACUGGCACCUCAUUUGUUACCCUCACCCCCAAAAAGGCACUGAUUACCAGCAUGCAUUUUGGCCCCAUGCUGGAUAUGAUAUCAGACUAUGAGAAAAGUGGCUGUGCAACAGACUGUGGAGUCCUAAAUUACACAUUCUCUUCCUUUGACCCAACAGGGUGUAAUUUGUUUCUCUAUUGACCUUCACUGAACUCUUUUAGCAACCAUGUAAGGCAAUGACUUUUGAAAGUAACAAUAUUUUCCAGCACCCUGUUUGCUCUGAUAUCUAUUUCUAGAACAUCAGCAGACUCAGCUGGUGGAUUUGUUAUUCUGAGCAUUAAGGUAUACGUUAUGAUAUAUGUUACCAUAAAACACAGUUCCAAGCUUAGAAUCAUAAGAGAAAGAGCAUCUAAAGUCCCUAAGGGCAUGUACUUUACAUAACAGACUUUUUUACUUUAUACUGUACAUGGUUGAGGAGUCACAUGGUUGUAUAAAGUAGACACAUGUAAGAGAUCUUGGCCAAUCACAGAUUUCCAGAACCUUUGCGCCCAAUAUUUCCUUUGUCAUCUAUGGCAUACAUCUCUUCCUUCAUGCUUUACAAUAGCUUCCAAAAGACACAAGGCAGAUUGCAGUGGGCCUGUGCUUUGACAUAACUGUGUUAAGAUUGAAGUGUUUCUUUCAGAAACCCCAUGGUGACACCUGCUGGAGACAUUUGGCAGAGGGGAAAAUAUUUCUGAACACAGCCUCCAGAAUUUCCUCCAGAAUCAAUGCUUUGGGCAUUUGUUCUGAUAUCAGUGACUGUUGUUUGAUUGUUUUUUUCUAAGAUGUGUUUAUAACAUAUGUCUGUCUUCCUUUCUCCAAGGAGCUCAAAAUGGCAUAAAUAAGGAAAUCUCAUUUUAUUAACCCUGUGAGGCAGGUUAGGCUCAGUGGCAGUACUUGGAGCACCACAGAGACAACUGAACACUGAGUAAAUGUGAUAUCUAAAAGAAGCAGGGCUUGUUUUAUUUAAGUGUCAGUUUGUAUUCAUUUCUCAGUAAGAAGGAAACAAAUGGCUAUGGCAUGAUGGAUCACUCCAUACGCCUUCCUCUUUUGUCAUAACUUUACUUUUCCCUCCCUCUACUUUAACGCAGGACAUAAUUUCUGAAUGAUCCAAAAUGAUCACAGAAGCUACAGUACCUCAGAACCUCCAGCUUUCUCUACCCAUAACAAUGGAAGCAAUUUGCACAGGAAGAACAGUCUUUCUAUGGAGAAGGAAGGAAAGGGGUUGCCUUUUUUAAAAUACCAAAUCUUGCUUUCUUCCUCAUUAAUCAUCCAUUCAGUAACAGCAUAUGUUAAAGCAAUCGCAUAUACUAUAUCCACUUACUCGGGAGUGCACCUCAUUGCACUGUUUCUCCUACAACAAAAACACUUACCCUCUGAGGUAAAUAGUACAAUCUUGUACAAUUCUCAACUUCCUGGCGUCUUUUUACCCAUUAUAUACUCUCUUUUACUGGCCAGCAAUUUGCACACACAGAAAAACCAAAGAGUUUUAGGGAUAUAAUAAUCAAAAUGUGCCUCACUUAUAUAUAGAAAAAAAUAAUAAUGCUCCCCAUAGGACACUCUUAAGUUGGAAACUGUGCACCUAUUAAAUCAAGGACAAAUACCUUUUGGCCCCCAAGUCAUUGUUGGAUUCCAACUCCUGUCAGCCCCAUCUAGCAUGAUCAGUGGUCACAGGUGGUGGAAGCUGAAGUCUAACAAUGCCUGGAGAACUACAGGAUUUCCUUCCCUGAAUUAGCUGCUAAUAAUGCUAUCCACCUGCUUAUUUCUGUUUUCAGGACAAAGUGAUGCUGGGAACAGAUUAUCCAUUUCCACUGGGAGAACAUGAACCUGGAAAACUUAUUGAAUCCAUGGAGGAGUUUGAUGAUGAAUUAAAGGUAUUAUUACAUUUUAAAAAAAAUCUUUCCAUCAGUCCCAGCCAUCACAACUUCAUUGGCUGGGACUAAUGGGAAUUGUAGUCCAAAUCAGAGCAGGGUUUGUGGUUCAAGAGGGAAAGAGUUGCUUACCUUGUGCCCAGCAGGAUUAACAGAUUUCUAAGUCUUCUGGCAUGAAGGGCGAAAUCCCUUUCACUGCUUGUGGGAGUUUGCAAAGCCCAGUGAAAAAUGAGGAGCUGAUCCUUCUUGAGUCCUCUGCAUAUGCUGAGAGAUUCCUGAGAACCACCAAUAAUGGUUGGCUACUACUGUCCCUGGCUGUUUAUUAUAUUUCAUAAUUCAAAUUCAUUUUUAUACAAGAAGCCACUGGACAUUUGUUUGGAAAGAAUCCUGGUGCAGAUAUAUUAAUUUCUUUUCAAGCCAUUACUGUUUUUGUAUCCAAAACAUUUGUUAAGACUCUCAAAAGCCUCCUUACUUUUUGUUGCAGGAUAAGCUCAAGUUUGGCAAUGCUCUUGCAUUCUUGAAUCUUGACAGAAAGCAGUUUGAAUAACCUCAGAACUAUAAACAUUUAUUGCAGUGUUGGGUCUUUAUGUAUAAUUAUGUAUCUACAUCCUUAUGUGUAUGCAUCCCCAUGAAAAUUUCAAAUAAAAGUAUGUAU